AUGAAUAAACAUCUCACUGCUGUGGUUGCCGGUAAGAAUGAAAAGGUAAAUUUAAGAAAAGAAUUACACAUACAUGAUGAUAUUGCGUUUUCCAUUCUAUCAAAAUUGUGUUUAAAAUCUUUGAAGCGAUUUGAAUGCGUUUGCAAAUCAUGGUCCCUUUUGUUUGAUAAUCCUAAUUUCAUGACUAUGUACCGCAAAGUUUUCUUAACAAAGGAAGAUCCUUAUUAUGAUGAUGCAUCUCUUCUCAUAUAUGGGAAGUUUACUCAUUCGGAAGUUUCCUAUCUAGAUAAACCAUUUGAAUUGUGUUCUGUUUCUGGAGAUAGGUUUGAGAAUAGGGUCAAAUUACGUUGGCCAUGUACUUCGAAUUUUAACUUCUAUGUCCGUGUCAAUUAUGAUAUUAUUGGCUCAGGUAGUGUUAAUGGGAUCCUUUGUCUGAGGAGGGCAUUUGCAUGCUACUACUUCGCGAAAUUGUUUAUGGUAUGGAACCCUUCUACUGAUGAGUGUAAGGUCAUUCCACUUAGCUUUUUGGAUGAUAUUUCUUCUGUUAGUUACAGUGGAUUUGGUUAUGACAGUCGCAGAGACGACUAUAAAUUGAUGUGCCUGAGAGAAGAAUUUAAACAAGUUCAAGGCACUUACAGUAAUAAACAUUAUACAUGGGAGAUAUAUUGUCUAAGGAAGAAAUGUUGGAGAGAACUUGAUCUCACUUUGCAUCACAUUUCUAAGAAUUGUUGUGAACAAUUGUACGUGGAUGGACUCUCUCAUUGGAUGUGUGAAAGUGUAACACAAAAUGAAACAUAUAUGUUGUCAUUUGACUGGAGCAAUGAGUGUUUCAUUACAACACACAUAGAUGACAACUUUGAUUUUCAUUUAGUACCGAGACACUUGGUGCUAUUGAAUGGGUCUAUUGCUCUGAUCUUAAAUUUACCAAAGACAACUACAUUUCACAUUCUAGUUUUGGGUGAACUUGGUGUUAAAGAGUCAUGGACUAAAAUGUUUAUUGUAGAUGCCAUCCCUUUUCCUGUGUAUCCCAUCGGAGCGUAUCCCAUCGGAGCGGGAAGGAACGGUGAUAUGGUGUUCAGAAAAAAAGACGACGGCCGAUUGAUUUUGUUCAAUUUAACUACCCAAACAGUUGAGGAACUUGAUAUUAAAGCAAAGGGACUUUGCAAGAUACUAAUUCAUAGGAAAAACCUUAUUUCUUUUAAAAGAAAGGGUAUUCCAUAUAUAUUUUCAGCCUCAGACUGGUAA